ACAAACAUUUUUUUUACAGGUUUUGAUAUUUUAUUUUUUUCUUAUAUUUAUAAAUGCAUUCAAACGAGAUGACUUCUCCAGUGAAACGUGAAAAACCUUUUCAUUCAGCAACAAAGGUGAAGAAUCGAAUACUGCAAUCAUGUGAGCUGCCGGUGCUAUUUUCUGAUCCAAUAGACUUGCUAAAAUUUAAACCAAAAAAGCCCAACCCAAGUCCUUUAAAAGCCAGACCUACAAGUUCCAAUGUAUCAACAAUGGACAGCAAGAAGCCACCUUUACCUUCUAGUGGAACCACCACAAUUGUCAAACAGAUGAAGCCUCACUUGAAGCAUGUUUCAACAACAAAAAUGGAAUCUUCUCGACCACUCAACGAUAAAACAAAAAACAGCAAUAUCAAAAAAAGUUCACUUGAUAAUACAAUAAAAGCACACAAACAAAAAACAAAAGUGAAAAAAGAGAGUUUUAAUGGACAUUCACAGGGAGAAAAUAUAAAACAUGAAAAAAGAAACGAAGAAGGAAUCAAAAUGAAUACCCAUAAAGUAGCAACUGAAAAAGAUAAAAGGUCUUCUUCACCAGUCUUGAGAAUGACACCAAGAAAAAGAGCUGACAGCAGACAUAGUGACCCAGGCGAUAAUGUCUUUGAUAAUAUUAUGAACUUCAGUUCAAAUGACAAACUUGGUUUGAGCCGAGAGGAAACGAUUCAAAGUGGAAAUAUCACAAGUAUUGAACAACUGCUGCCUGCUGUAUCAAAUCCAAGCAGUAUUUCAGCCACCACAGAAGUACCAGGAAGAACAACUCUCACAAAAUCAGAAAAAUUUAAAUCAUCAGAUUCACCUGUUGUUAAAAUAGAACCCCAAUCAGAUGUAAACGUACAAAGUUCCUGUUUUAAAAAUGGUUCGUCAGAAAAUCAUCAUAAAGUUCAUACAUCAGAGGUUGAACAUAGAAAAAAUGCUUUCGAUAAAAACAACAAUCUUUCUCAUCCGGUUAGAAACGUAAAGAGAGAAUGUAGCCCUACCAUCAUCGGACAGCAUAAGGAGAAAAAACGUAAAAAACUUUCGUUCCAAGAAAACGGCACAAAAAACGAAGCAAAAUUUGAAACUAAAAUAGAGUCUGCAAUUGAUGAAAUAAACGCAAAAUCAAAAAUCACCAGUAAUAUUAUCAAACAAGAACGUUCCGAAUCACCACAACACACUGUAAAGAUUACCUCAAGUCAAGAUAGUCAAACAACAAAAGCAAAAAUUGAGAUAGAAUCUCAAGCUGAUGAUCCACAAUCAUCUUCUGAUGAUUCUGAUAGCUCUACUUCAUCAACAUCUUCAUCCACAACGUCUUCUUCCUCGGAUUCUGAAUCUUCAUCAUCUCAUGACACAACCAGGUACGUGAAACAAAAAAGUGCCGACUCAGAUGAUGAAAAACAGAAGAAAAACCAGGUGCAUGACUCAGCAGAAGACUCACCAUUGACUAGUGAUGAAACAACAGAUGAAAAGGAGAAACUACCUUGGAUGCCAUCUGUGUCGUAUUUCCAGGCAUUGCCAGAAGAUUUAGAGAUUUUAUCAUAUUUUACUUUUAGUAAUCCAAAGUUUCGAAAAUUUGUACACGUUCAAACUUGCCCGAAUGGUGAAGCACCCGUUCUUCAUGCUUUUAAGCAUGAAUUAAAAGAUCUUACAGAAGAAGAGUUAGAUUUAUUCGCUGAUGAUUUCUGCAGGCUCAGUUACAUGGAAAGCAAGCCAAAUAUACCUGAUUUUGUCAUGGGAAUUGUACAUGAUUCACUUAGUGAUGCGCCAGAUUUUCUCGAAUACUUAGCUGAAGAGCAUGGAGAUAUGACCGUGAAAGUCGAAGUCUUGGGACAACGUGACAUCCUUACCAUGACAGCAUCGGAAUUCAAAUCAAAAGUUCACGAGACAUACUCCAAAACCAGUGGCAUGUAUAGAUAUGGUCCAAUGAGGCAAAUUAGCCUUGUCGGUGUUGUACAUGAGGAAUCUGGUGGAUACCUUCCUGAUAUUCUUGAUAUCCUUGAAAAAGAUCCAUUCUUAAGAAAGACCACCCCUUGGGGUGAGAUGUCCUGUACACCAAUGGAAUGCCGGUCACUUAGUAAUGAUGGCCCAAUCAUGUGGAUAAGACCAGGAGAACAGAUGAUUCCAACAGCGGAUUUGAAAGGAUCUCCAGUAAAACGAAGAAGAUCAAAUCAGCCAGGAGAAUUACGACGACUAUCUUUCCAGUACAAUUCAAGGGCAACGGAAACGAGAGAGGUUCUUGUGGAAGAUAGAACGAAAGCUCAUGCUGACCAUGUUGGAAAUGUCGUUGAUCGACAAACUACAUGGGCAGUUGGUGCAUUAAAAGCUGUUACAGCUGGACAAAAAUCGAGAAUUAAUCGUGUGGUUAAAGAUGUUUAUUGUUUUCACCCAUCGUCAUUCAAUCAAGUCACCGGUAUUCUUCAAAUUGAUUUAUUUGAACCUCCUAUGUCACAGUGUGUGAAAUGGGUUGAUGAAGCAAAACUGAAUCAAAUGAGAAGGGAAGGAGUAAGAUACGCACAUAUUCAACUGUAUGACAACGACGUAUACUUUAUACCUCGUAAUGUCAUACACCAGUUCCGUACAGUGGCUUCAACGACAAGUAUCGCAUGGCACUUAAGGCUGAAAGGUCUACAUGGCGAUCCGACCUAUAUUAAAUCAUAGUAACGUUAAAUUUAUCUGUUUUACUCCUCUCAGUUCAGCAAUUUUGCUUCUUGCUGCCAUUAUCUGCCCUGUCUGGACUUUGACGCUCUUCAUUUUGAAGCCUUGAUUUUAUUUUCGGUGGAAUGUGAGCCAGCGAUAAAAGCCGGAUUGGGGGUUUUACCGACUGCCAUGCAGAACUGUGUCGUCCACUACGUUUUCCUAUUUUUACAUUCCCCUCUGUAGCGGCUAACCACCUUUGGGAUUGUUUUUAGCCAGCAGGGGGCACACAUGAUUUCAUUUUUAUAAAACAACCCCCAGAUGACCUACUGUUUUCUUUUGUAGUUUUGCACUUCAGAACAGUAGUACUUUUAUUUUUUUGAAUCUGUUCGUUCUAGCCCACCCUUUUUUAUUGUGCGCUUUUAAAAUGAAUUUUACAUUGUUAAAAUAGCUUCAGGAAGCUAGCUAGUUCCAUAAAACUUGCCUUCGGCUAUCAAUCAAAUAAGGUUCAUAGUUAGUCAACUAUGUCAAACAUUAGUGCAUGGAUAGAGAUAUGGAAAAGACAAUGGUUUAAAUCUCAGCACUAUCCUCUCAAAUCCUGCCCAGAUGAAAAGGUGUACAACAUGGUUAAGUUCCACUACAGUGAGGUCCGUCUGUUAACUAAGGGUGUCAUUCGGAACAUAUCCUAGAGCGGUGGUUCCCAAGAAAUUUUGUUGUUUCAAUGCCAGCGUAACCAUCGAAAAGAGGAAGUUGCGUUGCCUUAUUUAGUGAUAUUUUUUUCAUCAUCAUAUUGAAUGUUUUAAGUGUCUUCAUUUUUGACGAUGCUUUUGUUCCGCAAAAAAGAAAACACUAUAACAUUUUAAUCUGUGAGCUGAUUGCAAGCCAAAAAUUUGGUAUUCCAGUGCCCUAUUUUAUAAUUCGGAAUUGUUUCAUGCAGUCAAAAACAACUCUAUAGCAAAACAGGCAGUCCGCAAAGUCGUCUUAUUCGAUGUUACCUGUUCAUCGAGGCAAAAUGGUUGGGAACCACUGAGCUAGAGAGAGCAUAUCUUUCGUGCAAAGCCUUCUAGAUUACUGAAACUUUUUGGUGCACAAACAGAAGUUCAAGUGUUAAAUAAAUCUUCUUCAGAUUUGUAGAGGUUAUUAAGAAAUUUAUGGGUUCUGUUCCACCUUCUUGCGGUCUGGUGUUUUGACUGUUUUUAUAAAUGGUAUUUACUUUCAAAAC